UACUUGUUGGUGCAGAAGUAAUAGCAUAUACUGGUGCAAAAAACACAAAACCAGCCCUCCAAUCUGUGAGAAAGAUCAAGGAAUGCUCCACUACAAUGGACUGGUGCUCAUUGAGCGAAUGCUGGUGUGUCGUUUUGCAGCCCCGGUGAAUGAUGUGAGGCUCCUGCUCCAGUCUGGCUCGUAUGUAUUCUCUAAAGGAGGAAUGGGUUACGCUAAGUUAGCUUAGCUGUAACUCCUAAUCAAGCAAACACAUUGCUUCACAGCUACAAACGAAUUGUAUCGACUCCAACGUUACCACCACCUACCCACCUCCCUCCCGCCCCCGCAGAGACAAACUCCCGCCUGCUUCACUAGCUAGGGAUGGGGGAGAGAACUCCAGAUAUGUAGCAUAGUCAUCGAGCAACAAAAUUGCCACGGAGUGGUAACUAAUUAAACCCGGUCACAGAUCUGAGCAUUGUAGCUGCAGCCAAAACCAGCACGGUCAAUGAAAACGAGAAAGAAAAACCUGCAACCAACAAACUGACACGGACCCCCCUUCGGAUGACUAAGCAGUGAAUCCGCUGUAUCUAUUUAAGCUCGCUGUAAUUUCGACUUUACUCAUUUCUUUGCCUCCCACUCCGUGCAGAACAAAACCAUCUCCACUUAAGUCUAUAACGCAAGGUGAAAGGGUGCCAAAUGACUGUGUCAAUCCCUCCUUGGUCGACAGUGCAGAGAAUUCCAAUAGCAAUAUACAGGCAGCUGACCUGCAGAAAAUAACAUCGGGUGGGUUUAUGAUUAAUAGAGGUACAUUUUGCUCCUUUUGAUGGAUCACAUAUUCAGUUUAAGAAGUAUGUAGUUAUCUUUAACUUCAAACAUUUGCAGCCUGAUUAAUGCAAUAUGAACAGAAACCAUCCAAACGAGUAACUGUGUCAAUUUGUAACUGUUUCAGGUUUCACCUUCCAUGUUAUUGUCCUGUUUUUCUUUUUAAAAUGUAUGUAUGCAUGUCUGGCAUUUCCAGAAACGCAAAUAAAAACAGUGAGACAAAAGGUGUGUUUGCACUAACACAUACAUUCUGCAACCAGAGGACAUUUUCAACUCGAACCAUCUAAAUAAAGAUCACCACUUCUCCACUGACGCAUGUGCUUUCCUCUGUGAUGAAGCCCAGGAGGAAGUGAGGGCCUGACUCAGGUUGCCAUGGGAGACGGUGGAAUUCUCCAGACGGAGGGGAAUGCCCUUCUGAAGGCCGUGUUCCAGGGCAAACUGAGGCUAACCAGGUUGCUGCUGGAAGGAGGGGCCUACAUCAAUGAGGGCAAUGAACGAGGAGAGACCCCAAUCGUGGCCGCUUGCCUGGCAGGCUAUGAGGACCCCCAAAGCCGGCAGAAGAUGGUAAAGUACCUGCUUGAGAAGGGGGCAGACCCCAACAUCCCAGACAAAUCCGGACAGACAGCUUUGAUGCACGCCUGUGCGGAGCAGUCCGGUAAGGAGGUGGUGUCCAUGCUGCUUGAGUAUGGUGCCGAUCCCAGCAUGAAAGACUACUCUGGGUCUUCAGCACUGGUGUACGCUAUUAAUAAGGGCGAUCGAGACACUCUGCAAGUCCUACUGGAUGCCUGCAAGGCUAAAGGCAAGGAGGUGAUCAUCAUAACUACAGACACUUCGCCCUCAGGUACCAAAAAGACCAAGCAGUACCUCAACUCUCCGCCUUCUCCUGGAGUUGAAGAUAAGCUCUCUCCCACCUCCUGCAUGUCCCCCUCUGACGUGGAAAUCCGAACUUAUGCGUCCCCAGGGAGUGAGGAGAAGGAGAAGGAAGACAUCUUCAGCUUUUCUCUUAACUCUGCCCUCCCCUUGCCGUCUGCUCGCCCGCCAGGGGAGAAAAGGGCUGUGCCUCCAAGGAAGCACCUCAAAAGGCUCAAUUCAGAGCCCUGGGGUCUAGUAGCUCCUUCAGUGUUGAGCAAGGCAAACCAGGAGCAGCAGCAGCAGCUGCCUGGCACUUUGAGAGAUGAGGAGAAUGUUAUCUCGGAGCUAAACGGCAUGAGCAUCUCCGGUCGCCCCAUCCUUUCCAGGCGGCACAGCAUUGAAACCCACGACCCUUCCUCGCCAAAACCCAUAGAUCGUUCUUGUUCUGAAGAUUCUGCCGUCCUUCACGGAUCCUCGUGGGCGGAUAAGGUCCAGCAGCACCAGCUGCUUUACAGGAGAAACACGGCGCCAGAAUCUCAGGAGACCAGCUCCACCACAUCUGGUGUUGUACCAGCCAAUGUCCGCCCACUGGCGCACCCCAGACUCACCCGGAUGGAUCACUACGAGUCCGAUACGCACUUGUGCCCAGAAUCCAUCCCCGGAUCACCCGAUUCUGGACGUGUUUCCGUGGAACGCCGUAAGUACAACACAUCCCCCCUCUCCCUGCUCACAAGCUCCUCCCGAGAAUCCCUGGAGAGCAUUCCCAAUUCUGUAUCUCCCAUCACAGUACGACGCAGACCCCAGGGGCUUCUGGAACGAAGGGGGUCCGGCACACUGCUGCUAGACCGGAUUUCUCACACCCGUCCGGGAUUCCUGCCCCCUCUCAAUGUCAACCAUCACCGCCCCAUCCCUGACAUCCGAGCCAAUGGGAAGCCCUCCUCCCCAGUCCACUCCAGUCAUAAAAUCCUGGUGCCGGUGGCCCCCAGCUCCCCGAAACGGGAGCCCAGGCACAAGAAGAAGCUGCUGAGGCGUCACUCUAUGCAGACGGAGCAGAUGAAGCAGCUCUCCAACUUCCAGGACAUCCUGGCCGAGAAGAUGAUCGAGUUCACCGGGGACUGAGGGUGUCGGCAUUCACAACAAAAGGAAAGAGCAGGAAGGGAAAGAUAUCCAGAUUAUGCGAUGGAAGAUGGGCCAAAUUUAAUAAAAGCAAAAAUGAAUACAAUACAACGACUUAAAUAUAUUGAAGCUGUGCGUCCUUUUCAUCACUUUUUCCAUCAGUAUCCUGGACACAGUCACUGUCAUUGUUUUUCAAAUUCUAAACAAAUUCCACUCAAUCCACAUUUGAUUUAUUUAAUAAGCAACGAUCAGACAUGGUCUAAAAUGUUGGAACUUUGUUUAAUUUUGAUUCCUUCUAUGACAGUUGUAAACUAUUUGCUCGUCACCUUGCUUUGUUGCAUUCAAUUUAGAUUAAUAAUAUAUUCUCCGCUAGUUCGGUAAAUACGUUCUUCGUCUUUCGUCUUGAGGUAUAGUUCCCCCAUGUGCUUUAAAACAGUUCUUACAUAUUUAGAAAGGUUGUUGUCUUAUAAAACUUUGUAGAUGUCUUCUGUCAAAUUUUAUCAGCAAAACAAAAAAUUGGGAAACAGGAAAUCCCUAAAGUGUAACUUUCCGAUGGAAUAAUUAUUAUUUAUUUCUUAGCAGACGCCCUUAUCCAGGGCGACUUACAAUUGUUACCAAAUAUCACAUUAUUUUAACAUACAAUCACAUUACUUUUUACACAUUAUUUUUACAUACAAUUACCCAUUUAUACAGUUGGGUUUUUACUGGAGCAAUCUAGGUAAAGUACCUUGCUCAAGGGUACAGCGGCAGUGUCCCCAACCUGGGAUUGAACCCACGACCCUCCGGUCAAGAGUCCAGAGCCCUAACCACUACUCCACACUGCUGCCCUAUAAUGGCUUAACCGUAGCACAGAUGCCGUUUCUGGUACAGGAUGGAGAAACUGAGCAGUUUAUAUCCAAGCUUAACUCCUCUUUCUACCCAGGUUUACUUGACUGCUGAUAUCUGAAUUUAGGAAUGCCGAACAACACUCAUUAAAACGGUCAAGGAAAUCCAAGCCCCAUGUAGUUUUCUGUUUGGCUCAAAGUUUGACAUAGUUGAAAGCAGACUUCAAGAAGGGAGACACCUUUGCAGUAAAAAAAAAAACACUUUCUGUUAUAGUAUGCAGAGAAGGUUAUGAAGGAAAGCCAAAAGCAUUGGUACUGUUUGUAAAUAA